AUGGAAUCUUCUUCAGUCCCCAGCAGCAUCCAAGAUUCUUCCAAAGGAGUCUUAAUUACAGUCCAUGCCAAGCCUAAUAGCAAGAAUGAUAGUAUAAUAGAGAUUGAUGAUGAGUGUGUUAAUUUGAGUAUUACGGCUCCCCCGAAGGAUGGGAAAGCGAAUGGGAAUAUCUGAGAAUUCCUAGCAGAAACACUAGGGAUAAAAUAAAAGGCAAGUUGAAAUAGCAAAAGGAGGGAAGUCAAAGAAUAAAGUCGCUAUUAUAAAUGCAGACACAGGCCUGACAGCUGAGGAAGUGUAUGAGCUCUUAAAGGAGGAAAUCUAGGA